AUGUUUGUAUCUUGCUUUCCUCGUCCUCUGCCGCAUCGCUCGACGGCCAAACGAUUAGACGUCUCCGUGGAGCAGCUCUUCAAUCCGUUGUUGGGUCUUGUAGACUCGAUGACCGAUUCCGACGACGACACGCCUAGAUGGAAGACCAGCCAAGUGGAACUCAGCCAACUCCUCGAAUCAGACGACGAACGAUCCCUGAGUUGCAACAAGAAAAAGUCUCGCCAUGUUUGCUUUGCUUUGGAGCCAGAAACCGUGGCUCUCAUUCCAUCUCAUCGGGACAUGACAGACGUCGAGUGGAACAGUCUCUUCUGGGGUUGCGACGAAAUUGACCAAAAUGCCCGCCGCAAUCGAGUGGAGUUCCAGGUUGAAGGCAAUUGGAGGAACGUGUUGGAGGAAAGCGAGUUCACUCUUUGCUCGGAUGGGUGUUUGUAUCAUCCUGUCACAGUCGAGAUCCACUUGCGCAAUCUGCGAGCGCAGCAAGUGGCUCUUGCAAACGCUGCGGCUCUUGUGGCCGUCGAAGUUAACAGCAAGAAGCGCAAACGAGCGACGCACCUCAUCUCGGGAGAGACUCGGAGAAUCAGGGGAGCAUUCAAGAGGCUAAGGGCCACUGGCGCAUUGCCUCCACAGUGA